CACUUGUUGAAAUAUGAAUAAUGACAUUCUCUUCACAUUGACUGCCAUGACUUGAGUAUCUGAAUUUUUUUCUUGCACUCCCUCCAUGAUCCAUCUAGUUGUAUGUACUUGAGCGGAGUCAUCAACAAAUCCCGCGUCCUGAAGACGACGCUCGGAGACGGUUUUCGCCUAAAGACCCUUAGAUAUAUCAAUCAGACAUCUACAAGAAGCGUCAUAUCCCCCAUCCCAAAAUACAAGUGAGAAUUCGCAUCAUGUCUUCCCGCCCUUACGAACUUAUUGUGUUUGGAGCUACGGGCUUCACUGGCAAGUAUACUUGCGAGCACAUCGUCUCGCAGCUGCCAACCGAUCUCAAAUGGGCGGUUGCCGGCCGUUCGGAGAGCAAACUUCAAAGCCUUGUUCAAGAGCUCAAGUCACUCAACCCGGACCGCCUUGCUCCUGAAAUCGUGACCUCGGGACUUGACAAGCAGAGUGUCAAUGACCUGGUCAAGAAGACCACCGUCUUGAUCAACACUGUCGGUCCUUACAUGCUAUAUGCAGAGCCAGUCGUCGAAGCUUGCGCCAACAAUGGUACCCAUUACCUUGAUGUUACUGGUGAAACUCCAUGGGUUCGCGAGAUGAUCAAGAAGUACCAUGCUACAGCCAAGGCCAACAAGGCAAUCAUCAUCCACCAGAUCGGUGUCGAGUCCGCACCCGCUGAUCUUCUUUCCUGGUCCAUGGUGAACCACGCUAGACGCACUCUGUCUGCCGGCAUCUCGGAACUGGUCUACUCCGUCUACGACCUGAAAGGUGCACCCAGUGGUGGUACUCUUGCUACUGUUAUUGGUCUGUUCGAGAAGUACAGCAUCUCCGAGACUACCGAGGCCAUGAAGCCCUGGUCUCUAUGCCCAACCACUCCUCCUCGCAGCAGCCUGGAGGGCCCAACACUGUUCCAGAAGCUGUUCGGUGUUCGUCAAGUCCGCGAUCUCGGAACACUCACAACCAGCAUCCAAGGUUCUGCAGACACUACUAUCGUCCACAGAAGCUGGGGUCUGUUUGAAAGCGGCAACUUCUACGGUCCCAAGUUCCGUUUCAGCCCUUAUAUGCACGUUCGCAACAUGUUCACUGGUAUUUUGGUCCACUUCGCCAUUGCUUUUGGUAUGCUCGCUCUCAUUCUUCCUCCCGUACGCUCGAUCAUGAAGCGUCUCGUCUUCCAGCCUGGUGAGGGACCUUCAAGAGAGUCGUCUAGCCGUGACAGAAUCGAGUACCGCGCCCUCGCCAACGUCGAUUCAACUGAUCCCAAUGACCCCAAGCGCAUCACUGGUCGCAUGGCUUGGGAUGGCAGCAUGUAUGCCCUGACUGGUGUCUUCUUGGCCGAGGCAGCCAUUACGAUCCUGAGAGAUGACACUCCGGCUGUCAAGAUGGGAGGCGGCUCUUUGACUCCCUCGACUCUUGGCGCACCCUUCCUGGAGCGUCUCCAGAAGGCUGGUCUGAAGACCGAUGUCAGAGUCAUGCCCUAGAAAGUUUAGCGAUAAUCAAUAACUAGCAGAAGAUCUGUAAAUAUUCAUCGCAUGAGAUUUCUCUGUUACAUACCACGAG